GUACCUAGUUUUACAAUAUAAAUUUAUUUCCUUAACAGUACUGAAAGGAAAAAUCAAGGUUAAAGAAGUGUUGCACCCGCAAUAUUUUUGAUAAGUCUUCGAAUUUAUAUAAAGGUAUCACUUAAGAGUAAUAAUAAAGGCAUGCUGCAAUGCUCUUGUAGGCUUUUGAGAGGCGGCGUUCGGUGGUGGAGAGAAGGAUCGCCAGACUUUACGCGGGCCAACUUGAAGCGCGCUGCCCUUGAGCGCAAGCGGCUUGAGGCUAGCCGCUAUCUCCCUCCUGUUGAACCUACCACACACCAAGCGUGCACCCUAUAUCGUCAACUUCUUAAGAAAGGCAAUAAGCACUUAGUGAUCACAGACAACGAAUAUUAUCGACGCAAGGUUCGCUUUGAAUUUGAAGUGACUUCACGGCAGACGAGUGCGCGGGUCCGGGGAAUUAUGUACGAAAAGGGUCUAUGGAUGUUGGAAAACCGGUUAGGGGGACUGAUCUGA